AUGUACAAAAGAAGUUUACGAGCCUCGUUGAGUCAGUCAUCCUAUACAGAACCAGUUAUUAACCUAAGAAGUCCAGACAAACUCCAUGAUCGAACUCACUCGAAGAAGCAUAAUCGUUAUCACAAAAGUAGAAGCGCUUCAAACCAUGAUUCUUCACUUAGUGUUGUUAGUGACAAAAGAGCUCGUGAUUCAAAAUUGGAGCUAGUCGAAACUUUGAAGAUGAUGAGACGAAUAAGUUUCAUUUAA